AUGCUUCUCGCACAGGUUUCCCGCACGCUUGACAGCAGCCACGGCUUUGACAGCUCCGGCAAGGGAAACAGAGAACGCUGUGAGUCCGAAUGCACUCCUGACGGUCCUAUAGCAGCUACAUCUUCUGAAGAAAUCGCCACCAAGAGGGCGAGCAAGAAGCACGAGACCACCCAGGUCGCCCAGUCGCAGAGGAAAGAGCGAACCCCUGUCGAUUUUGAGUUAAUCGAAAAAUCAAUUAAGGCUGCCGUUGUAGGAGUCCGUGUGACGACACAACACUUGUUACUUCAGCAAUUGCUGGCGUCACUUCCAGUGAUCGAUAACGGUACGGCAGCAGCUCGCGGUAUGCUGGCACCGCGCACUGGUCAUAGAAACCGAAAUCAAGCGGCAACUACUUCGGCCAGCGACAGGCAAAAAACCUCCCAAUGGAAGAGAGCGGGAAAAAACAGAAGCGAUGUUAGCGAUGCGCGACGUCCACGAGCAGUAGAACCGGUAGCUGGCGCCGCCACUACCGUAGGCAGUAGUAGCGUUACAUUUUCGUCUCUUUUAUAUGCCCAUGUGACUGCCAUGGCAGCAAUCUGGAGGCUUUUAAGAGGGCUGGGGGCAACGGACGACACUUUUAAAAGACCGUCACUGAAGCUGAGCAGGACCAAUCAGUCACAUGGCGGGCAGCUGAAGUCUUACCGCAGUCGCACCCAGCCUUUGCCAAACGUCGGCGAAAUGAAGCGUGCCCAAUCCUGGGGCUUGCUGACGCUCGGGACACUUCUAUCGGUGCAAUGCGAUCCGCCAACAAUGUUGGCAUUCACAACCUCAGCCGAGGAUUUAGCUCUUCUCACAUCGUCGGAAGCCGCAUUUGCAGCUGCCAUCGACGCGGAGCUUAUGUCUGCGGCCUCGAGUCGAGACUACGACAGUGUUGAGAAUAUGCGCGGCACGCUCGAACCAGAUUUCGGAAACGGUUUCGGCCUUGGAUACGGCGACCGACCCGCAGUAAGCAACAAUUAUGAUUAUGGUAGUGGUCAAGGUGGAGACAAUGACAGCCCAAAGGGGCCGUACGGGGCCAGUAUCCAGGGUAGCUAUAUUGAGGACCAUGAAUAUGGCAGGAAAAAUGAGAUAGGUCACGAUGAAGCAGGCCAUCAACGUAACGAUGGCGAAAAAGGUGGAUAUGGGCGACACAUGGCAGGUAGAAGCCACAUUCAGCGUCACACUUUUAAUAGCCAUAGACCUACAAGGGAGAGGAGCUAUGAACGCAACUAUCGACCACAGCGGCUUAGAGCUAGUGGACAGUACCCGCGACAGGAGUACAGUAAAGAGAGUGGUUUUACUUACGAGAAAGUCUACCCCGAAAAAAUAAUGUCUCGAAGCUACAAAAAGGACUACCGGCGUCCACAUAACGGCAAUCACCCAGUCGAGUGGCGCAGUGGACGCGACCAGAGCUACGGUUACUCAAAUCGGGCUGAGAAAAAUUACACACCUCGACCGAUUUUUCGCGAUUAUAGCUUCAACUCCAAAGGGAAUAUAAGUGGCAAUGGCGGUGACCGUGGUCGAGAUUAUCGAGGAAAAAAAGGCGGCAAAAGCGUAGGACAUCACCGCUAUGGGAGCUCUUCCGUAAAGACAUAUGAUUAUGUCGACCCAAAAGCUGGCUCCAGAACGCGACUCGUCGAAUUGGUCAAGGGUCCAGGCGCGCGUGGCCUUAUGGAAAAGUAUCUUCAACAACCCGACGGUAUCGAACGUUACAUGAACGAUUUUCGAAACGGAGCUUCAUCGCUCUAGAGCCCAUCGCAUGCAACAAGAUUCGCGAAUGAUGACGAUGAUCUUUGCCGGCUUAAUGCUUGGCUACAUUUGAGCUAACCUGAAGUUGAAAUGUGUGACUGUUAACGAAGCCAUCUAGUACAGACAAUAACUACAAAUGAUCUAGCCUAUUACAGCGUUAGCCACAUAAACAAAUGUCGAUUCGAAUCAAGACGAGCCGAAACGAACUUUUUAGAAUCGCAUCUUUGCGUAUUAGCAGUGUACGCAAAUCCACAUGAUACCAGAGGAUAGCCAUUGACCGGACGGAA